GUAACUCUGCAUACAAUACCCAGUGGAAAAAGAAUAACUUUUUUUCAAAAAAAAAAGUAAAUAAUUUUUUUUUUAUUUUAAUAUGUUCCCCUUAUUUAUCCUUGUUCUAUAAGUGUAAUUUUUUCGGAGGUAUAUAAUUUAGCCAUAAAUAGUAAGCGAAAAUCGUUUUGAAUUAUGCUUUACUAAGAGCGAAGUCUCAUUUUAACAUGCAUAAUAGGCCAUUAAUUUUUGUGAGAUCGAUCCGUUGUAGUGACAUUAGUUACGUUGAGGUGCUCUAAUUAGUGUUAUUAUCACUUUUUAAUUUUACUGUUUUUUUUAUUAAUUUUACUUUUUUUUUUUAUUAAUUAUUUAUUAAUUAUUUAUUAAUUUAAUUUUUACUGUGACUUAUAGAACGGUUGGAAUUUUAUAGACCCUUAGAGUCUGCUGUUCAUUUUGCAAAAAUAGGUGCCCUCCUUCAUUAUUCAUUUUUACGCAUUUUCACCCCCUGCUGUUCCUUUUUUUGAGGGGAAACGCCUUUUCUCCCAUUAAUACCUUAAAAAGCUUAUUGCAAAAUUGAGCGUAAAGUUUUGCCUUGCACGAAUUUACACUAUUAUAACAUUGCUAUAAAAAAGAGCGCAGAGCGCGUAGGCCUUGCCCUGAAUAGUGUUACCCUUUUGAUUUAAAAAAAAAAAAAAUUCACCAAAUUAUAACUCCAAAAUGUCGAGCGUGUCGAGAUUAGCACACUUGUUGUUCGUUCUGUUGAACGUUGUAUUAGUAAAUGAAAUGUACAUGUCAAAUGGCAGUUCUGAAAAUCACUUACAGCUGGCAGUAGUAUCCCCAAGACAGUUAGCUCAGGUAGCACCUUGCCAAGCAAGUAACAGUGCAGUGGAACAAUUAAAAACUAACUUUAGAACAUUGAGUUUACAUAAGUUCCUUGAUUAUGUAUCUAAAACAAAGGACUUUCCAUUGUCAUCCAAAUUAAUGGCUAUAAGAUUAACUAUAAAUGAAGUCACUUACUCAUGGAUAAACAAAAAAAAUAUAGAUUUUGUGCUUCAGAGUUUCAAUGAGCUACAAAUUGCAGAAUAUAAAAACUUGUGUGAUAGAUUGUCAAAAAAGCUUAAUGAUUUGGCCUCUAAAUGUGGAAUGCCAGAGGCAGAGAAAACGAAAUUGUGGAAUGAAUGUCAAGAGAAAAUUUCCAAAGAUAUGAAAGCAGCUGAUGAUUGCUAUAAAAAAACAUGUGACGUAUACGCGACCAAAAAAAGAACAUCAUCAGGAAAAUUUCUUGAUUAUUUAUAUAAAUAUGUUAGUUCGUGGGUGACAUCCAUUGAGACAAAUGAAAAAAAAUGGAUCGACACCUUUAAUAAGCACUCAUUAGAUUUUAAAGCUGUGCCCAAAAAGGCAAAGGCGUAA